UUAAAAGGUUACGACAACAUGAUUCGGUAAGGCCCGUUGUACGUUAUAAUUGUCUGCUACACGUAAAUUGGAUAGGCGUACGGUAAUCCCCUGCGCAGACUUCGAGUGAGGCAGUGUUUUGUUUAUAAUUCUACGAGCGGCUAGAGCGGCGGUUUCUUUACGGGGGGAGGGCCUUGUUCUGGGGAUAGCUGUAUCCGCGGAGAAAGCUGUAUCGUUCUCGAGUGUAGUAGUAGCGUAACUCCCUCUCCCCGUGUAAAAAUAUUGUAUCAGCUCUGCUUCCCCCAAAAAAAUAAACGCCACCGCUCCAAGAACUCUGAGAACGAGUAUGGACAUGCUGCACCACUAUUGGGCUCUGUAAUCAACGUGGGAAGGGAAGCGAAGCAGCAUGGCGAUGCCAUAUUCUGAAGCUAAAGAUACGGUCGGUUCCAGAGGUCAGCUGAGUCAAAAUUCCACCUCACUGGAAAUGUAUAGUUGGAACAUGGAGACGUGGAAAGUCUGGUGUCUGUACCGGCUUCUACAGGCGCGAAGGGAGGCUCGUGGCUACCCGGAUGUUGACAGUACAACACCUAAAAUUGUUGACGUGAGAUCCAUAACAAUUGAAGAGUUUGAUCGCAUGGGGAAGAAAGCUAGGAAGCGCUCAGCCACUGAGAGAAGCAGAGAAACCACCACAUCGCGACCACCAAAGGUGACCAAGAAGUCCACCGAAAAUGCAACGUCACCACCAAAAAGUGCAGAACGACCAAAGAGGUGCACCAAAAAUGUAACGUCAUCACAAAAGCGUGCAGAAAAAUCCAAGAGGUGCACCAAAAAUGCAAUGUCACUACUAUUGAGGGAUGCCAGACUUACUAGCGAUACGUGCGUGGAAAAUGCAGAGUCAUCACCAAGCAAGUCGAGACCGGACAUUUCGGCGAAAAACGCGGAUGCUGGCGGCAGCCGAUCAAGCAAAAGCUGUGUUCAAAACGCCGACGACAAACCCAGAAAACGGACACACGGAACUUCUACCUCAGCCGAAACAGAUUUACGCAAACAGCGAAAGAUUUACCCAGGACAAAAGGCUGUUGGCAAAACAUCGGGAUCACACACAGCCCCGUCCUCCGUACCGACGUCUAUCAGCAACGUUAGCACGCCAGCUUCGGUAGCGUGUGCGGCCCAGCAAAAACCAGCUUCGGUAGCGUGUGCGGCCCAGCAAAAACCGUCGGCCCCACGACCACAGCAGGGUGUUGAAACAUCCCGCCAACGUCCGUCACAUUUCUGGCAACCAUGGCAAGACCAUACGUACUUCAGAGGCGAGACAAAAUAAUGAUAUGAUCUACUAAAUCUAUUGAUAUACAUGUAAUAUUCUGUUUGGGCUUAGAGUGUUCUGCAGACUGUUGAAAAUAAUUUAUACAUGCUGUGUGUGAAUUAACGGUACCACAAGUGGAAAUCUCUCGUGAUUUAGUGGUACAAAUGUAUCAUUAAGCAUUGCAUGCCAUUUAUUUAUAGUUGUGGAAGAACAUGAAGACAUUUAUUCCUAAAUCUAAGAUAGUAAUCUGGUAUUGUUUCCUCAACCUUAUUUGUAUAGUUUGUCCACAAUAUUUUCUGUCAUACCUGGUGUACAUAAUAAUGAUCAUUAUUAUUAUAUCAGCCACAUGAUACGUAUAUACAUUGUAGCUUAUCAACAGUAACUCUAAGUUUACUAGACAGUAAGUAUUCGUUUUGCCAUUGCCUACAUGCAAAAGCUUGUAGUUUUUUUCGAUAGACUGUAUAUGUCAACUCAGCCACCUAUACUAUACACUAGUACAUUUGGGCUACAUGCAGUUUAGUAAAUGCACU